AUGAACGGCGGCCAGCUCGGCGGUGGCCGAUCGGAAACUGGGUUUGGGGCUCGUAUUCUUCAUUUGCUGAAGAACACAAUGAACAAGGAGAGAAAAUGGAAAUUUCGUUUUGAUCGAUUUUUGAGAGAAGAGGAAAAUGAAAUUGCUUUUAAUGAUGGUUCAUGUAAUGGUGGUGAGAAUGGGGUUUAUAUCAGAGCCCAGGGUCUUAUUCCGUUUAUGAUAUGGAAACUUGUUGGAGUUUGUUUCAUCAAAUACCCGAUAAGGAUGUCGUGUUAUGGAGUGCUAUGGUUGCUGCCUGUGUUAAGAAUAAGGACUAUCAGUAAGCUCUUGAGUUGUUUAGAGAACGCAGAUUUUGGGCUGAAAGUUAAUCAUAUUAUUAUCAGCAUUCUGCCUGCCUGUGCUAACAUUGGCGCUCUACAAUCGGGCAGAGAAAUGCACGGUUUUAUUAUACUAAGAAUGUUUUAUCGUGUUGUUAGUGUUCAUAAUUCAUUGGUUGAUAUGUAUGCAAAGUGUAGGAGUCUUGAGACUGGAAUUCAUGUUUUUGAUGGGAUGUUGAAGAAGGACUUGGUUUCUUGGAGGAUUGUGAUCCGUGGUUAUAUCGAGAAUGAACGUUGUAUAGAAGCAAGUAAUGUUUUUUCAAAGAUGCGGCUGUUGUCUUUCUUUGCGCCAGAUGAAUUUGUUGUCCAGGAUAUGAUAAUGGCAUUGCUACAAUCUGGAGGGAGUAAAAUUGGAUCAGCAUUUCAUUGUUACAUUCUGAAAAUGGCUUCUUGGAUUUUGUUUCCUUUGCAACUGCACUUCUGCAGAUAUGUUAUUUAUGAACAUGAAACCCGAUUGCUUCAGUUUAAUAGUCUAUUGCAAAUGUGUUCUUUGAUGUCAUCCCAAGAAGCAUCUAAUGAACUUGGAGAUAGCAUCCAUGCGUUCAUAGGAAAAAUUCGGAAGGGUCAAGCAGGGACGGCUCUUUUUGACGAAGUUCCCUUCAAAGAUCUCAUUUGUUGGAGUUCAAUGAUUAAUGGAUAUGUUUUAAAUGGUUAUGGAGUUGAGGCUCUUGAUACAUUCUCAAAUAUGUUAGAUUGUGGGAUAAAGCCCAAUGAAAUUACUUUUCUUUCAGUUUUAUCUGCUUGUAGUCAUUUUGGGCUAGAAUAUGAGGGUUGGAACUGGUUCAUUCCAUGA